AUGCCUCGGCACUUACUUGCGUUUACUUUUCUUCCUUUCCUUGCUCACGCAAUGCCUCGCUCUGCACGCAGGAUGGUUGUGGUCGUGGGCGUCACCACGUCACUGCCUUCAAGUACAAUGCAAGACGACAAAGUUCUGGAGCACAGCCACAUGACAUCAGCGCAGGAGGCAGUGCCGAGCCCCUGUGCAGUUGCUCCCUCUCGCGUGAUAAGGCGUCAGCCGCGUGUUGAAGCCGUUGACUUGGACAUGCCUUCCGUGUGCUUACCGUCUUAUACCCCAACGGAAUUAACUCCACACACACCAUUCAGCCCUGUCCCCGCGUGCGAAGAACUCAUGGACGUUCCACCACCAAGGAGAGAAAGUUGCUCUCGUUUAUUAGCCUCUAAGAAGACGGCCACAUGGAUGUCUCCCACAACAACAACUACAAUUUCCCCCUCGCCGCCGCCAGGGGAUCUCACACCUUCCCCAAGGCAUGAGCAACCACAGUGA